CGCCCCAGGAGGAAAUUCCAGCCGGCAGAUUAAAGCAUAGGCGGCCUGCGCAGCUACCUGGCCGCAGUCCCUUCCCCGGCUUGGGCGGCUCGAGGGUGCGCUGAUGUCAUCUCCCCCUUUCUAACACCAAACAAAGUGUUUCUACUGUCGGCCGCGGUUCGGGAAAGGGCGAAGGAAGAAGCGGAUCGACAGAGAUUUGAAUUUUUCAUCAAGCAGCCAUGGCUGGUUUCAGGCAAGAAGAUGUGGAGCUGCACUAUGAAAUGGGUGAAGAGUUGGGGAGUGGGCAGUUCGCUAUUGUGCGGAAGUGCCGGGAGAAGAGCACUGGCCGUGAUUAUGCAGCAAAGUUCAUCAAGAAACGGAGGCUGUCGUCCAGCCGGCGUGGAGUCAGCUGUGAAGAGAUUGAACGCGAGGUCAACAUAUUGCGCGAGAUCCAGCAUGCCAACAUCAUCACUCUGCAUGACAUCUUUGAGAACAAGACGGAUGUUAUCCUCAUCUUAGAGCUUGUUUCUGGUGGGGAGCUCUUUGACUUCCUGGCUGAGAAGGAGUCCCUAACGGAGGAGGAGGCCACCCAGUUUCUUAAGCAGAUCCUGGAUGGUGUCCACUACCUUCAUUCAAAAAAUAUUGCCCAUUUUGACCUAAAGCCUGAGAACAUUAUGCUGCUUGAUAAGAACGUGACCAACCCCAGGAUCAAACUCAUAGACUUUGGAAUAGCACAUAAAAUCAAAGAAGGCAAUGAGUUCAAGAACAUCUUUGGGACCCCCGAGUUUGUGGCCCCUGAAAUUGUCAACUAUGAGCCACUUGGCCUGGAAGCAGACAUGUGGAGCAUUGGGGUCAUCACAUACAUCUUGCUGAGUGGAGCUUCUCCGUUUCUUGGAGAGACCAAGCAGGAAACGCUCACCAACAUCUCGGCUGUUGACUAUGACUUUGAUGAAGAGUACUUUGCCAACACCAGCGAGCUGGCCAAAGACUUCAUACGAAGGCUGCUGGUCCGAGAUCCCAAAAAAAGGAUGACAAUUGACGAUAGUCUGGAGCAUCCAUGGAUCAAGGUAAUCAAGCGCAGGAACGUCCGGCAGGAAGAGAGCGAGCGCCGUCCAGAGCGUCGCCGGCUAAAGACCACACGCCUGAAGGAGUACACCAUCAAGUCCCACUCCAGCAUGCCGCCCAACAACACCUAUGUCAACUUCGAGCGCUUCUCCCAGGUUAUGGAGGGCAUCACAGCCGCAGAGGAGGGCCUGCAGCAGCUGGAGCGCAACCAGAGGUCCUGUCAGGAGGAUGUGGCCGCUCUGUUGUCCAUCUACGAGGAGAAGGAGAGCUGGUACAAGGAGGAGAAGGAAAGCGUCGAGGAGGAGCUGGUGCGCAUCCAGCAGGAGUUGCAGCGUGCACAGGCACGACGACGACAGAACCAGGAGGAGGUGCGAGCGGCCACACUGUCCGCCAACGCCCUCAGGCGCAAGUUCGGCCGGCUGGAGAAGCGCUACGAGGUGCUGGCGGAGAACGUGCACGCGGAGGUGCGCUGGGUGGAGGAGCUCGUCCAGUCGCUUGCAUCGGAAGGCUGCUCUGUCACUAGCAUGCGCUGACUUGGUUGCCCGGGACUUUGUCCCUGCACUCCUGCUCAUUUCAUCACAUUUCAGAGCCAGUUCCCAUAUCUGACAGAAAUUAAGUCAGACUGCAGUAGCUCACACUAAAUGUACUUUAAUCAUUUCAGCAUGCAGUGUAACAGUGCCUUCCACACAUCCCUCAGACUGGCAUCUCCGAGCAAAUCGCCUGUGCACUUGCUUAGAUAUUUCUUAUGAUGUCAUAUCUUGCCCUGGCUGUCCCUGGAAAUGGUAGUUACUAUGGUCAGUCGUAUUUAUGCACUAAAAGUGCAAUAUUACUCAGUCACUUCCUCAGGUGGUGCUGUUAAAUACACAUUUUUUUUUGUUGCACAUUAAUAUUAUCAUUCACACUGAGCUGUUGGUAGCAAAACGGACAUGGUAUUUUUAUAUCUCUGCCGUGUUAUUUAAACACGAGUCCGUGUUUUAUUUUAUUUUUGUGUGGUUGGUUUAGCCGUCGAAUACAUAAACGAACCAAAGUUUGAUCUCAACCUUUAGCACGACUCUGGUAUGGUCACUGAAUGUCAUUAGUGCAGAUGCAUGUCAUCCACCUACUGUACUGUCGGGCAUUUUUCCAACGCUGCGUUUUGAUUCAGUUUUGGGGGGGCGUUCGCUAUCCUCAAGCAUAACGAAGGCAAACUGCGCACUUUGAUCUGGAAAUGAAUGCUUACCCGUGCGUUAUAUGCCCCCCCCC